GCUGCGGGACGGGCGGGACUUCCUGCGCGGGGGUCCGAGUCGCUCCGUCUCCCGGCUCUCCACGGUUCUGGCUCGCGUGUAGCGGCGGCAGCAGCGGCGUCUCCGUGAGGAGGCGCGCGGGACCAUGACGUCAGCGUCCACAAAGGUCGGGGAGAUCUUCUCGGCCGCCGGCGCCGCCUUCACGAAGCUCGGGGAGCUGACGAUGCAGCUGCAUCCGGUGGCCGACUCUUCCCCUGCGGGUGCGAAGUGGACGGAGACGGAGAUAGAGAUGCUGAGGGCUGCUGUGAAGCGAUUUGGGGACGAUCUUAAUCACAUCAGCUGUGUCAUCAAGGAACGGACAGUAGCUCAGAUAAAGGCCACUGUGAAACGCAAGGUAUAUGAAGACUCUGGCAUCCCCCUUCCAGCUGAGUCACCCAAGAAAGGGCCCAAGAAGGUGGCAUCUGGUGUCUUGUCACCUCCAGCUGCUCCUCCUCCCAGCAGCUCCAGUGUCCCUGAGGCCGGGGGUCCCCCCAUAAAGAAACAGAAGGCUGAUGUGACACUCAGUGCUCUGAACGACUCCGACGCCAACAGUGACCUGGUGGAUAUUGAAGGGCUAGGAGAGACUCCUCCAGCUAAGAAACUCAACUUCGACCAGGACAGCCUGACCCUGGAUUCUGGCCUUCUCAUGACUUCUGCUGAUCCUCCUCUCCUCUCCUGCUGAGGCUUCCACCUCUGACCCCUCUCACUGUUCAUGCCAGACCUGUGGAUCGCCUGGGACUCUGAGCAAGGCCUGCACGAGAAAGGGCUGAAAGGCUGCUGGGGCUGCCACCUCGCUGUUCCCACAUAAGCAUCUGCUCCCAACCCCUUUAACCUUCAUCUGAUGGACAUUUUUAUACAGAAAAUAAUAAAGAUUUCCCUCUCA